GCGCGCGGCGCCGCAGCUGCCACCGCGGGCGCCCAAAGACCCGCGCUCUCCAGCCCGGCCCGGCCCGGCGCCCGCCUGCCCGCGAGGCCCGCCCGCGAGGCCUGGCGGCGGCAUGCGCUGCGCAAGGCGAAGCUGACGGCGCGCCCGCCGGCCACGUCCCUCACCAUGCUGCGCUCGGCGCCACCCGGCCGCUACCUGUACCCUGAGGUGAGCCCGCUGUCGGAGGACGAGGACCGCGGCAGCGAGAGCUCGGGCUCCGACGAGAAGCCCUGCCGCGUGCACGCCGCGCGCUGCGGCCUCCAGGGCGCCCGGAGACGGGCCGGGGGCCGGCGGGCGGGGGGCGGCGGCCCAGGGCCCGCGGGGCGGCCCGGCCGCGAGCCCCGGCAGCGGCACACGGCGAACGCGCGCGAGCGGGACCGCACCAACAGCGUGAACACGGCCUUCACGGCGCUGCGCACGCUCAUCCCCACCGAGCCGGCCGACCGCAAGCUCUCCAAGAUCGAGACGCUGCGCCUGGCCUCCAGCUACAUCUCGCACCUGGGCAACGUGCUGCUGGUGGGCGAGGCCUGCGGCGACGGGCAGCCGUGCCACUCGGGGCCCGCCUUCUUCCAUGCGGCCCGCGCGGGCAGCCCCCCGCCGCUGCCGCCCCCGCCGACCCCCGCCCGCGACGGCGAGAACGCCCAGCCCAAACAGAUCUGCACCUUCUGCCUCAGCAACCAGAGAAAGUUGAGCAAGGACCGCGACAGAAAGACGGCGAUUCGAAGUUAGAGGCAGAUGCCGCUGGGCGAUCCACGGAGAGGCCCCCAUGGACCUGACUCAGGCACAGGCCUCCCGUGAGGGUGCCCACCAGGCCAGCCCCGCCUCCGGCUAAAAGUGGGGCCGAUGGACAGGCAGGCGGUGGCAGGACUCUGAGCUGGCCCCAGCACUUGCCCAGGCCCACUGGAACUUUCUGUGCUGGAUUCCUACCUGGGUUUUCUCCUGGUCACUAAGUGCUGGCAUCUUGUGUCUUCGAUAUGAUAAUAUAAAGUCUGGAAAUUUUGUAUAAUUAAAACCAAAACAAUUAUCUUCCAAACGUGAAAGCACACUGUCCUCUGGAACGGUUCAGAAUCUACCCUGAGCCCGCACCCCCACCCCUCAGGCUGUCUCUUCACAUCCUGUCCUCCCUGGGCUGGAGGCCCCCCAGUUCUUGGGGAUGGCUCCCACCUUCCAGGGCUCAGGGCCAUCCCUCCCAGGCCCGAGGCAAAGCAAGGUGUCUCCCGCCAGGGCCAGUGGCCUGGGGACUGAAGGAGGCCGGCCAGCGGAGCAGAGGGUGAGGAAAGGAGAGAGCAAGUCCCCGCCACAUGGUGAGAGACCCAGCGGGCCGCAGCCGGCCCUGGAGCGGAGGAGCAGUCUUGCCCGGCACCCAGGCGCACCUGAAGGGGUGAGGAGGGCAGAGCUCACAGCACACACCAUGCAGGGCCCCGGACUCGGCACCUCAGCCUUUACUCACAGAGCCCCCAAAAGUGGACAUACGGGGGAGGCUGAGUCAGGGGCCGUGCCUGGCAGAGUGGGUUCCCAGGCCUGAGGGCAUGGGCCAGGUGGCAGCCGCCUGCAUGCACCCCUCAGUGCCCAGCCCUGCCAGGGUUGCCCUGGCUCCCCACGCACAAGCUGUCAGAGGAGACAGGCCACAUACCUCUGCCCCCAGCGCUGCACAUGGCCCCUUGCAGCACUGCCCACACCGGGAGGAUGCUGGCUGCCUACCACUGUGCCCCACCCGACUCUUCCAAAGGCCCUAGCAACCCCUGAAGAGGGUGAUUCAGGCCCCCUCCCCGAGCUGUGCGCAGCUGGCUGACCGUUAAAAUCCUGCAGGUGACAAUUAUAGUUUAGUGGUAUGAGCUCCACGGGCACGGCAGAGAAGAAAGGUGGAGCACCCCUGUGUGGGCCACCUCCCCCCAACCCAGGGGCCGGCAGGCAGCCUGACUUCCCGCCAGCGCCAGCCGGGUGGGGAAUGGCUGAGAGCACCAGGUGCCAGCCCUGAGCCCUCAGCCCUCAUUGCAGGCUCAGGGCUGCAAUGACGCGCCCUCCUGCCCCCAGGGGGACAGCCAGGUGCUGAGGCCCACGUGGGCACCCCAACAGGGCAGGGCCAGAGCUGUCCCCCUGCUCUGCAUGGAUGGGCUCCAGGGACCAUGAAGCAGGAAGCGGUGGUGUAAUUUUGGAGGAAAUUCUCAAAGCCAGAGCCAUUAAGGGCUGGAGGGAGCUGUGUCCAAUCUGAUAGAAACAUAACAGGAUAAAAAGUCACAACAGCAGGUUCCAUUCUGAGAGAAACCCAACACCAAAUUUCCUCACCUUAAUCCUACAAGAGCCUACAGCUGGCCAGAGGGAGGGGAGAAGAGGGCAAGCUCGGUCACUGCAGAAACCCCCAACCCGCCGCCUGCCUGGUGACCCAGGACCCAGGCAGGGUACCUGGGGGUCCAGCUGGGGGCAGAGAAGGGCACCCCACCCCUCCUGGGCACCCCAAUGCUACGAGAACACGACCUGGGGGAGGUGUCCGGGCAGGCAGGUGCCCCCAGGGGUCUCCAGGCCUGCUGCCCCAGCUCCACUGGGCUCCAUGCAGUUCUGUGGGGAGAGUCCGCGGCCCACCUGGCCCUCACCCACUGGCCUCACAUUUCCAGGCUUGGUUCUGGGUUGGAGGUGCCCCCCAAGAUGAUGGGUAGCAGUCACAGGGUGACCUGGCCAGUGUUGGGGGCAGACGGAGGAACCGCACCUCGUAAGGCCUGAGAGAAGAGAGUGCAGAGGGAGGGACACCCUCAGAGCUCGAGGACAGACAGGGCGAGAGGAGGGACACGGGCACUGAUCGGGGACCCCUGUCUGGAGCCCACACAGGAGAGGAGAGGGGUCGAGGGUGCUGGGAAGUCAAUGGGAGACGACAGGCCACUGGGACAGUCCCCAGGGGCCCGGCUGGUCAGGGCGCAGUGCACGCGGGCCAAGCCCUCCGCUGCUGGGCCUGUGACUCCAACAGCGGCUGCAGCUUGGCCAGCCUGAGGCCUGGGCAGCAGGCCCGGUCGCUCCCUGAGCUGCACCGGUAGCAGCAGCGGCCGAGGGCCUGGCCCGCCAGCCAGCAGGAGAGGAAGGGGAGGGGAGGAGGAGGAGCACACCGUCACCCUCCACCGCUACAGAAAUUCAAACCAGACCGGGGGUGGUGGGCCUGCCUGAGCCCCGAGGCCCCACACGAGUCCACUCAGCUACUCCCAGCCUCCGGGCCGGGAUGGCAGGUGCUCCCCACCCACCGCAGCCCCUGCUUCCUUCCCUGAAUGCUCGUCUCACCCUCCACCAGCCCUAGGGACAAAGACCCAGGGCUCCCUGCGAGUGUACCCCCGAGAGGCAGCUAGAAGGAGGGGCCGGCACGCACCCUGGGCCAGCGGCUGCCUCUGCGCGCCAAGCUGGGCUGGAAACACUCCGAUCGGCCUCAGCUGUCAGCUCCCUGUCCCCGGUCUGGGGAAUGAGCUGCUGGCGGCACCACAUGAUUCAUCACCAGGCCGCCUGCGCCCGCAGGCCAGCCGGCCCCCACCCUGCGCAGCACCUGCGGGCUGCCAGGAAGCACAUGUGACCCCUCAGGGGCGAGCGCCCGCAGACCCCUCCAGGUCAGGCACCGUGCUUGGGGCUGGGAGCCCAGGCCAGGCACAGACAGCUCCCAGCCAUGCUCUCCUGGGGGGCUACUUUGCCCUAAGGACAAGCCUGUGGGAUGAGGCCGGCAGGGGUCCCCCACCCCCCAGACUGCACCCGACACAGGCAGCAACUGGCUGAUGUGUCGGCUGGGACUUUUCCGCUCUCGAUGAGCCCCCUCCGCUCCCCUCCCCCUCCCCAAAGUGGCUGCAGCUGUCAGGACCGCAGAUUGGAACUGCAGGUACGGCGCUGGCCCGCUGCCCACCUCCCUCCCGUGUCUGUCUGCGAGAGAGGAAGCCGGCCCACCUCUGGAAUCCUUCACUCUCUCCUCGUUCGCCUCUCCCACCUGUCCCCCGGGAGCGCGGGGUCAGCCGCCCUCGCUCGGUCUCUCUCUUUUCCCGGCCCCUCUCCGAUUACAAUGCCGGCAGUGUUCGCUCAGCUCCCCUGCACGAAGCUCCCGCCUGUCUCGGAGCACCACUCGGCCUUCCUGAGCCUCCGGCCCUCCUCACCCCUCCGCAGUGUUUAAUCUCUGUCGGAGUGCCCGGCGGGAGGAGGCUGGGCUGUGCGCCCCGGCUCACCUGCUGCAGCUGAACCCACAGAAGGUUCCAGCAGGAUGAGUGCUGGUUGGCAGACCAAAAGGGAGAGAGCCAGGUCCUGCUCGGCCUCUUCCUGCCCCAAAGGCCAAAGCCAGCCGAGGCGACCCCAGCAAGGGACAGGGCCAGAAGCAGAGCCCACUGGCUAUAGCCAGCUGGGCUGGGGUGGGCCAGGCAGGAAACUCAGAACCGCCUUCUCCAACCUCUUCCAUCAGACUGCCCCUUCCAUUUGCUGACUCAGGUAGCAGGGCAUCUCUGCAGAGGCCAGCCCAGACACCCCACCUCCGUCUGUCUGGCCCCCCAAGAGAGAGCUGCUGGCCAGGCCCACCGCUGAGCCAUUAGACACGUUCAGGCACAGGGCUCCUCGGAGCCCACUGCUUGGCCCCCUACCAGUAUCUCCAAGGCUGGAGGUGAGCAAGUCUGCCCCCCAUGGGGUCCACAGGGUGCCGAGAGGGCACCAAGGCUGCCCAUGCUCCCGGGUCCUCUGAUACCCCAGAGCCCCACUCACUGGCCCCUCUCCUGGCGCUGACCAGGGUGCAGUGGGCAUUCCCACGUGAGGCACCCCGACUCGCGGCUUCCUGCAGGCAGGGGCUCCCAGGAACACCUUUGGGAGUGCUGGAGGGGACACAGGUUCAGGGACCCUCGCUGAGUGGGGCAAGGGUCUGUUCUGGGCCCCGCUAUUCAAAGACAGAGCUGCUGCUUCAAGCUGGGCCUGAUCCUGGAGCUCCACACCUACCCCCAGUCCCCAACUUCACCCCCUCCAAAGGCUUGCUCUGGAGGACUCCCCCUCAGCCCCAAGCACUGCCCACACACAUCAGCCCCCGCCUGGGGCCUCUGGGAUACGUGCCCAGCCCCCACUCUGCAGCUAGCACCCCCACCCACCUCUCCUACAGAACCUGCCCUCCACACCCUGCCCUUCCAGCUCCUGGCUCCACCGGCCACACCUCCAAGCCCAGGGAAACCCCUCCUCCCUCCGGAGGCUGUCCCAGCACCCU